CUACGUGUGGACUAUCUCUACAAGAACCUUUCAUCGUUCCCAUUGUCGGCAGGUACGGUACGGAAUGACAGAUCGAACAUCUGUUAUAGCGGUGAGUUGGCAGAUUGAUGAAACGUUUACGAAAAAGAAAAUGCUUCAAGUGCAAGCAAAUGUUGAACUUUAGCAGAUGUUGAAAAUUUGAUAACUUGUGCUCUAAGUGAUUUGGAUUAUUUGUGCCUAAAUAUUUAAUAUUACAGAUAGGUAAUUUUGUCAUGCAUAUAAAAAAUGUGAAUUGCUAUCUUACAUACUUUAAACCACCAGGAAUUUGUAGUACUUUAUGUAGCAGUAUACUUAACCUAAGCUAUUAAUGUGAACCUACAUACUAAAAGGUAAAUAACUAGAUGAGCGUAAUACUUAAUAUUUAUCAUGCAAAAAUCUUAAUCUAGCCUAAUUACAGUACGGAUUGAUAGUACGGAUUGAAUAAGCAAAACAUUGAAUUGCUCACACAUAAGCACGGUGGGUAGCAGCGUUAGACCGUCAGCAGACAGACAGAUUGGACUCGACAUAAUAAGGAGACUAAACGUGAGUUAGACUUAUAGACUAAGAUUUCCUUGCGACUAUCGCUUGUUAUAUCAGAUGAAUGACAACAAAUAAGUCGUAUAUAUUGAAUUUCAGGAAAAUAAUAAUCCCCCUACGAGUAGUUUUAACACCUGUCUUUUACUUCGGGAUUAUUAUUUCGGAAAUUUUCCCUCUGUUGGCCAUUUCCAACAAAUUAUUAUUUUCGUUUAUACGGAAAGUCGAAAUAGAACAGUCAUGUCAAGUCGAACCCUACGAUCGGGAAAAGUGAUUUGUGAGACAGUUAGUGCAAAUGGUGGUGUGCAAGUGGUGGUCACGGAAGAUCCGGAGGCUUCACAUCCCGGACGAACGUGCCAGGCGUGCCGUGGACUGGAUACGGUCGAUAUGGUGCAAUGCGACGUGUGUUACAAAUGGCACCAUUUUCAGUGGUAGGAGUCACGCAGCGAAGAGAAAGUUUCCCCUGGAGUUGUGCCAAAUGCGAAUCAGCGAAUGGAGUCCAGGAAACCCGUUCUACUUCAGCUCCUCUCCUAGGAAGUGGUGGCCCCUCAGGACAACCGUCCAAAUCGCACUCAAACAUGCCCUCUGUUCCGCCACAGGCCCAGCUUCAAUACCAACACGAACAGCAGUCCUAUCAACAACAUCCACAACAUCAGCUGCAGCAGCGACACAAUGUAUCAGCUAGUCAACUCGCCCUAUCGUUUUCAGAAGAGAAAUCACAUCAACCUGAAGGAUCGAAACAAGCUCCGUUCGUCACUUCGCUUCAGUGGAUCGUGUCCCCAACCCGACAGGGAUCUGCUGCUGCAUCGGAGUCUUCAAGUCGCUCGUCACAAGCCGUCGCAAAGCUGAAACUUCAAAUGCUGGAGGAAAUGAGGAAUGUCGAGCGCCGUGAAACAGAGCGGCAACGAGCAAUCGCAGCGGAAGAUGCCAAAAGGGAGAAGGCAUUCCUGGAGCAGAAAUACCAGCUGUUGGAGCAAGCCAUGAGCGAAAGUGGCUCUUCUAAAAACGAUUUUAUGACUAGAACUCAGAAUUGGAUCGCUACAACAAAUGCACAUUGUGGUGAACAGAUAACAUCUCUAGCUGAGGGCCAAGUUAAUUCGGAUAUGUUCGGGGGCAAGAUGCAAGUUUGGAACCCUGCAGCUACGCGAAUUGGUAGCACUCGCUCGUCUCUACCAGAACCAAACCCUCCCGAUCCAUUUCCAGUACCGGAGUCUUUGCUGAGCUGCCCCGUAGAUCCACCGGCGCUCAGCGCCGGGAUACAGCGAUUAAAUCUCGCAUCGGUGAAUCAAGCUCCACUACCGAUACAAUGCCGACCAAUCCUUAGCGCUGACCCAUCCCGUCGAGUUUCCCUAGCACAGCUACCUCAUUCCAGCGGACACGGAGUAGCUGCAUCGAUCGCUUCUCAACAAAUCGAAGAGCGUCCGUCGCGUCGGUUUUCGCACAACGCACCGGUUCCAGAACAUCGACAGUUUAUCCCACACUCGAGCCAACCAACGGCUAAUCAGCAGCUUCGCCCUCACUCGUCUACUAUGCGAGAACACCGAUUCUACGACCAAGAUGGAGAGGAAGAAUGUGAUCCGUACCCGAUCACUCGGAAGCAAUUAGCUGCUCGACAAGCUGUUUCGAAGGAUCUUCCGACGUUUUCUGGUGACCCGGAGGAGUGGCCUCUCUUUCUAUCCACUUUCAACAGCACUACCGCUCUAUGUGGAUUUACCAAUGAUGAGAACAUCGUUCGUCUACAGCGAAGCUUGAAGGGACGAGCGUAUGAAGCAGUCAAGAGCCGAUUGCUUCACCCAUCGAACAUCAGCGGGAUCAUGUCAACGCUUAAGAUGCUAUUCGGGCAACCGGAGGUAAUCGUUCACUCGAUGAUGUCGAAAAUAAACUCGCUUCCAGCACUGAAGGAAGAUAAGUUAGAAACCAUCGUGGACUUCGCCGUCAGCGUCCAAAACUUUUGUGCAACCGUGGACGCAUGUGGAUUGGAAGAAUACUUCUACAACAUGACUUUUCUACAUCAACUCGUGAACAAGCUGCCACCGUCGAUCAAGCUGAGCUGGGCACAGUACCGAUUAUCGCUACCAACGGUCAAUUUGACGUCUUUCAGCAACUGGCUUUACACCCUAGCUGAAGCGGCUAGUGCCGUUACCAUUUUCGAGCCCAAACAAGUACGUGCCGACGCAAGGAUGGUCAAGAAAAACAACUCUUUCGUCAACGCUCAUUCCGAAGAAGCUUCAUCCGAUCAUCACUACUCAGCGCCACACUGCGCGAAAGGUGUUGCUAAUAGCUGCCUAGUAUGCAAAGGAAACUGCCAGGCAAUCGCCAAAUGCCAACGUUUCUUGGAGUUCCCCCGCGAUUCUCGCUGGGCGACUGUUCGAGAUCUAGGCCUUUGUCGCAGGUGUUUACAUCAACAUAAAGGUGGAUGUCAAUCCAAACUGUGUGGGAAGAAUGGCUGCGAGUUGAAGCAUCACGAAUUGCUGCACAACGAUCAGAGAAGCACACAGCUACCGUCAAAUAUUUUUCCAAGUGAUGCGAGCAAACCUCCACCAAAUCAGUGUCAAGUAUCCACGUCACAUACAGUGCAAAAUUCUACCGAGCAUGGGUGCCAUGUUCACCAGGUAACUUCGAGUCAUAUGCUGUUCCGCUACCUACCCGUAGUGCUACACGGAAAGCACCAAUCGAUCGAGACAUUUGCCUUUCUGGACGACGGAUCUGAGCUCACCUUGUUAGACGAGGAACUUGCAAAUGAACUGCAGCUGGAGGGAGAAGAAACGCAGCUAUGCUUGCUGUGGACUGGAGGAGCGAAGCGCCGAGAAGUCGGCUCGAAAAGCGUUCAGCUGGAGGUCGCUGCAAGGCACAGCAGCUCCAGAAGGUAUACCAUGCAAGGGGUACGCACAGUUGCUCAACUACUUCUUCCAUCGCAGACACUCAACUUCGAAGAGUUGUCCGAGGUGUAUCCGCAUCUCAAGGGAUUGCCGAUUACAUCAUAUCAAGAUGUCCGGCCACGCAUCCUCAUCGGCAUGAAAGAUCAGCACCUCAGCCUUGUUCAGAAGAGCCGUGAGGGAGCACUACACGAACCUGUUGCUGUAAAAACUCGACUAGGAUGGACGAUUUGUGGAGAAGGAAAUCGCGACAACGUUGCCAACCUUGUUCACUCGGUUUUCCAUAUCUGCGAAUGCAAUUCUCCUUCGAACGAUAGCCUACAUAAACUGAUGAAAGACUAUUUCGCGAUAGACAGUCUGGGAGUUGCCCAACCGAAAAAACAGCUUCUUUCGGUAGAAGAAGAACAAGCGCAAAGUCUGCUCGAGACUCGCACAGUUCUGAAGGGAAACCGCUACGAAACUGGACUAUUGUGGCGCUACGAUAAUGUUCGACUGCCGGACAGUUUUCCGAUGGCCCUUCGACGACUCCAGUGUCUCAGAAAGAAAAUGGACAAAGACUCUCAGCUAGCGGAUGCCCUAAACAAGAAGAUCACCGAUUUGGUCGAAAAGGGCUACGCCAGGAAACUCGUCGAUGACGAGCUCUCUCAAAGUUUCCCUCGUACGUGGUAUUUGCCGAUAUUUCCCGUAAUGAAUGUUAACAAACCAGGAAAAAUUCGAAUGGUGUGGGAUGCAGCAGCGAUUUCCCACGGAGUGUCCUUGAAUUCAGCACUACUUAAAGGACCCGAUCAACUGUGUGAACUGUUCACCAUAUUGGUUCAAUUUCGUGAAGGACAGGUUGCCUUAACCGGAGACGUGCGUGAAAUGUUUCUACAAGUGCUCAUGCGUCAAGAAGACCAGCAAUGUCAACGGUUCCUCUGGUAUGACGAAGAGGGGACACUCUCCGUCUACGUGCUGCAGGUUAUGUCAUUCGGAGCAUGCUGCUCCCCUAGUAGCGCUCAAUAUGUUAAAAACCUAAACGCCGAGCGCUUCAGAGGGGACUAUCCAGAGGCCGUCGAAGUUAUUCAAAAGCGUCACUACGUGGAUGACAUGUUGGUGAGCGUAGCAACAGAAGAGGAAGCGAUCAAACUCGCACAGCAAGUAAAGAAAAUACACGCAGAAGGCGGAUUUGAAAUCCGUAAUUGGAUCAGCAACUCCAAACGCGUCGCCGAGGCCUUAGAAGAAAAACCCACCGAGCAAAAGAACCUUGACCUGUCGCCAGAACUAGCCACAGAGAAGGUGCUCGGUAUGUGGUGGUGUACCAAUUCAGAUACCUUUACGUACAAGGUUGGUUGGAACCGUUAUGGUCGCGCACUGCUAGAAGGCCAAACUCGUCCAACUAAACGACAGAUGCUACGUGUCCUCAUGUCUGUAUUUGACCCGCUUGGGCUGAUUGCCCAAUUUCUGAUGUAUUUAAAGGUACUACUCCAAGAUGUGUGGCGCUCGGGUAUCGGCUGGGAUGAUCAAGUGGACGAAAACCUUUUUGAACGAUGGCAAACGUGGCUCCAGGUUCUUCCGCAAAUCGAACAAAUUAGUAUUCCUCGGUGCUACUCAAGCGAACGAUAUGCCAACCAUGGAUAUGUGGAGCUGCACACAUUUGUGGAUGCCAGUGAAAAUGGUAUAGCAGCUGCAUGUUACCUGCGCUUCAACCAUGAUACCGCCGUGGAAUGCAGUAUAGUUGCCGCAAAAACCAGAGUUGCGCCUUUGAAGUUUCUGUCUAUACCCCGUCUGGAACUUCAAGCUGCUUUGAUUGGGGCUCGUCUGGCUCGAACAGUCUCCGACGCCCUCACUAUAAGGAUCUCCCGUCAAGUAUUUUGGUCCGACUCUCAAGAUGUUCUGUGUUGGAUAAAAUCUGAUCACCGCCGCUACUCAUCAUUCGUAGCAUUUCGGAUUAGUGAGAUCCUUGAGUUGACGGAGAUGGCUGACUGGAGAUACGUUCCCACCGACUUGAACGUUGCGGAUGAUGGAACGAAAUGGAAAGGACUUCCAGAUCUCAAGCCUGGAGCCAGAUGGUUUAACGGUCCACAAUUUCUCUAUCUUCCAGAGGAGCAUUGGCCUCGCACGUUGAAAAAAGCAAGCACUACCGAUUUAGAACUCCGUCCCAGUGCAAUGGUGCACUGCGUCGCACCCGAUCCCAUUGUACGAGUAAACGAUUUUUCUAGUUGGAGUCGAUUAGUUCGAGUUGUUGCGUUUGUUUACCGAUUCUUCUACAACUGUAGGCGCCGGCAUAUGGAGGAAUCUAUCAUGAGCGGUCCUCUCUCUAGUCAAGAAAUGAAGUCUGCUGAAGCAUACCUGCAUCGCCAAACGCAGCUGGAGGCGUAUCCAGAUGAAAUCGCUCUUCUCCAACUGUCGCAAAAUGAGCCGAAGCUAUCCAGAACACCAUUACCUAAGACGAGCCCACUGCACCAAAAAUCGCCGUUGCUGGACCAGAAUGGAGUUCUUCGUAUGCGAGGCCGUAUUGCAAACUGCGAUUAUGCUACCGAAGACGCUAAACAUCCUGUUAUUCUUCCCCGUGACCACCCUACCACCAGAUUAAUCAUUGCACAUUUCCACCAAAAAUUCCACCACCAAAACCACGAGACCGUAAUUAACGAAAUUCGACAAAAGUACAGUGUUCCGAAGCUACGCACAGCUUUCGCCAAUGUCCGAAAAGGUUGCCAACGCUGCAAGAAUCAUCGUGCCAUUCCAAGAGUGCCCAUCAUGGCCGAUCUACCGGUAGCCCGACUUGAUGCUUUCGCGCGCCCUUUCACCCAUGUCGGGGUCGAUUUCUUCGGACCAUACGAGAUCGUCAUUGGCCGCCGGACGGAAAAGCGUUGGGGCAUGCUGGCCACUUGCCUCACGACGCGUGCAAUCCAUAUUGAGGUCGCACAUUCUCUCAGCACUGAUUCGUGUGUUAUGGCACUACGAAACUUUAUCUCGAGAAGAGGGAAACCGAGAACCAUACACAGUGAUCGUGGGACGAAUUUCGUUGGAGCGAACCGGAAGAUGAAUGAAGCGAAGCUCAUCGUCGACCAAGCAGAACUAAUAGGAGAAUUCGUGGACGCAGAUACCAGCUGGCUUUUUCUUCCCCCUUCAUCACCACACAUGGGUGGCAGUUGGGAACGCCUAAUCGGCAGCGUCAAGAAGAAUCUAAUGGCAAUUUUACCGACGAGAAGAUUGUCUGAUGAAGUUCUACGAAAUCUGUUGACCGAAGUAGAGAACACCGUCAACUCCCGGCCAUUGACCCAUGUUCCCGUAGACGAUGAGUCAGCUCCAGCCCUGACGCCCAACCAUUUUUUGAUUGGGUCAUCCAAUGGAGUGAAACCACUCUGCACUAUCGAUGACAGUGGCGAAGCGUUACGACAGUGUUGGCGGCUAUCCCAAGUCCAGGCCAAUCGGUUCUGGAAGCGAUGGAUCAACGAUUAUCUGCCGGAAAUAACACGUCGCACGAAAUGGUUCACUGAUACCAAGCCUAUACAGCAUAACGACGUGGUGGUGAUUGUAGACUCAAAACUACCCCGGAACUGUUGGCCAAAGGGCCGAAUCAUCUGCACUCACCCUGGAAAAGACGGACAACCCCGAUCAGCGACAGUGAGGACAACAUCCGGCAUUUAUGAACGUCCGGUAGCCAAGUUAGCCGUGCUGGACGUUCGGCGCGUAACGACGUAAGCUGACCCAGCGGCCAUCGUACCUGGGGGGACUGUUGGCGAAUCCACGCCAGCGCGCCUCUACGUGUGGACUAUCUCUACAAGAACCUUUCAUCGUUCCCAUUGUCGGCAGGUACGGUACGGAAUGACAGAUCGAACAUCUGUUAUAGCGGUGAGUUGGCAGAUUGAUGAAACGUUUACGAAAAAGAAAAUGCUUCAAGUGCAAGCAAAUGUUGAACUUUAGCAGAUGUUGAAAAUUUGAUAACUUGUGCUCUAAGUGAUUUGGAUUAUUUGUGCCUAAAUAUUUAAUAUUACAGAUAGGAAUUUGUAGUACUUUAUGUAGCAGUAUACUUAACCUAAGCUAUUAAUGUGAACCUACAUACUAAAAGGUAAAUAACUAGAUGAGCGUAAUACUUAAUAUUUAUCAUGCAAAAAUCUUAAUCUAGCCUAAUUACAGUACGGAUUGAUAGUACGGAUUGAAUAAGCAAAACAUUGAAUUGCUCACACAUAAGCACGGUGGGUAGCAGCGUUAGACCGUCAGCAGACAGACAGAUUGGACUCGACAUAAUAAGGAGACUAAACGUGAGUUAGACUUAUAGACUAAGAUUUCCUUGCGACUAUCGCUUGUUAUAUCAGAUGAAUGACAACAAAUAAGUCGUAUAUAUUGAAUUUCAGGAAAAUAAUAAUCCCCCUACGAGUAGUUUUAACACCUGUCUUUUACUUCGGGAUUAUUAUUUCGGAAAUUUUCCCUCUGUUGGCCA